AUGUACCAGUUGCACAUGGUCAAUCUGGGCCUGGAAGGAAAUGGUGGUGUCACUGUUUACUACAUUCCACCAUAUGAUGGCAAGACCAAGGUUACUGCAUUCAAACCGGGCUUCCGUAUGAUUGCUGGUGAUCCGAUGCUGCGAUCAGGCGAGAAAAUGCAGAAGCAGAUCUGCCAUCGAUGCUUCAGCAAUAUCCAACAGAACCCAUUCGGUGGUGCUCCCUGCACGGGACAAGACACUGCAGCCUUCCCUAAGAGCACAUGCGGAGGUGGAAUUCGCGCAACUAUCACCUUCCCAACGUGCUGGGAUGGCAAGAAUCUCGAUAGUCCUGAUCAUAAGGCCCACGUGGCAUACCCGUCAAGCGGUUCUUUUGAAUCUACCGGCCCAUGCCCAUCCACGCACCCGGUCCGUCUUCCACAGGUCAUGUACGAAGUCAUGUGGGAUACCCGGGAGUUCAAUGAUAAGAGCAUCUGGCCCGCUGAUGGGUCUCAGCCCUUUGUCUACAGUACUGGUGAUGCCACCGGAUAUGGACAGCAUGGUGACUACCUUUUCGGUUGGAAGGGCGAUGCUCUGCAACGCGCCCUGGAUGCUAGGUGCAAUCUUAACAGCUGCACGCAGCUCAAGUCGCAGUCUGCCACAGCCGCUGAAGCAUGUACGAAGAAGCAGACUGUCAAGCAGGACACUGAAGGAUGGCUCACCGAGCUUCCUAAUGGCAACCCAGUGACCUUUCAGUAA